AUGCUAAAUUUAGAGUACAUCAACAAUAUUACAAAAAGCAGCCUCUCCAACAAUGCCCUGAAGGGCUCCAGCUGCAAUCGUCCACCAACACACAAACUGGAGGAGACCACAGCUGUGGAAGAGACACAUGCUCUGUCUGAUUCCAAGGCGCGGGUCAGCAGAGCCUUGCAUCUGACCUGCGCUGUCCACAAGAGGGCAUGUGCCACCUCUAAGCCGGCCCUGGUCAUCCGGCCUCUUGCCCACCCACUCGUGGCUUUGCCCCCUCGGGAGGCCUCGGGCUGGCCCUGCAGGCCCCGCCCCCGCCCACGCCCCCCUCCUUCUCGGGCUGGACUGCAGGGCGGGUGUCAGUUUCCAUCCCCCAGGCUAGGGGCGGGAGCGUGGCCCCGGGCAGCAGCGCCAGCACCUAUCGCUUUCUCCAUCGGGGCGGGCGGACAGUCGCUGGAACUCGGACGGUUUCGUGUGCCCGCCCCCGCGGCCGAGGCCGCCUUCCAAGUGUUCCUCUGGAAUCCACGCUCCGGUAAACACCCGGGGAAGAGGAAAUUGGCCAAGCAAACAAGCGCGGCCGAUUGCAUAUGGGUGACUGCUCCCCGGGAGCAGCGCUUGCUGACGCACUCCCUGCCUUUUUCCCUACCUAGGCCUCCGGAGGAGAAGGAGGGGGGAAAAAGAGGGAAAGAUAAUAGUUUGGAAAGAAGCUGCCUUGGGGCAGCCGUGGCUGAAGAGCAGGCACAGGUCGAGCUGUUCAUCAAGGCUGGCAGUGAUGGUGCCAAGAUUGGGAACUGCCCCUUCUCCCGAAGACUUUUCAUGGUGCUCUGGCUUAAGGGUGUCACCUUCAAUGUCACCACUGUAGACACCAAGAAGAGAACAGAGACAGUACAGAAGUUGUGUCCUGGAGGUCAGCUCCCAUUUUUACUGUAUGGCACUAACAAGAUUGAAGAGUUUUUGGAGGAGGUGCUGAGUCCCCCUAGGUACCCCAACUUGGCAGCUAAGAACCCAGAAUCCAACACAGCUGGACUAGAUGUCUUCGCCAAAUUUUCUGCCUACAUCAAGAAUUCAAAUCCAGCACUCAAUGCCAACUUGGAAAAGGGGCUGUUGAAAGCCCUGAAGGUUCUUGACAACUAUCUGACAUCACCACUUCCUGAGGAGAUUGAUGAGACAAGUGCAGAAGAUGAAGGUGUUUCCCACAGAAAGUUUCUGGAUGGUGAUCAGCUUACACCGGCUGAUUGCAACCUACUGCCCAGGCUCCACAUUGUACAGGUUGUAUGUAAGAAAUAUCGGGGAUUUUCUAAUCCAGAGGAGUUUCGAGGGGUGCAAAGAUACCUGCGAAAUGCUUAUGCCAGAGAGGAAUUUGCCUCUACCUGUCCAGAUGCUGAGGAGAUAGAGCUGGCCCAUGAGCUAGUAGCCAAAGCCCUCCAGUAGCCAUGGACAGAGCUUCUUUCCUCCUCUACCCUGCUACUUCUUUCACAAAUGGCCUGAUAAGGCCAAUGAACACAUUUCAAGAUGGCCACUGAGCACAGAAUUUUGAAAUAAAGUACAGAAGGGCAGGGAAGGUUGUUGGGGAGCAGGGUGGGGAGGCAAAUGAGUGGGAUUUUUUUGGAAAGGGAUAGGAUGAAAAUAUUUCAAUAAUAAAACAGUUAAAAUACAAAAAAAAAAAAGAA